AUGAAUUCGUUAAAUCUUCUAUUUGGUGCUUUUCAAGAACCUGCCCAUUCCACACCACCUCCUGAUCCUCCUGGCAAUAAAGAUUCCAAAAAAAGACAUUUCUCAGAGGAAGAUACUUCUGAACCUAACCAAAAGAAACAGAGCCUAGAAAAAGACAGCAUAAAUCAGUCCCAAGCUGAUAUUGACCAGUCUUUACAAUUGAAAAAGGCAAGAUUAAUGAGCAUAUCCAAUCUCGGCAGUAUUCAGAUAAAAAUUCAUACAGUCGAAGCUUUAGAAUAUUGUCUUCACGAAGUUGCCCUUCCUCCACAUGUCGAGUACAAACCUUUAAUAAAGCCAAAAAAAUUGUUGAAGGAGUAUAAAUUUAUUCUUGAUCCAUUUCAAAAAGAAGCUAUUAUGUGUAUUGAAAAUAAUGAAUCAGUACUAGUGUCGGCUCAUACUUCUUCAGGAAAAACAGUUGUCGGUGAAUACAGUAUUAUAAAGUCCUUAAAUUUGAAACAGAGAGUGAUAUAUACAACACCGAUAAAAGCUUUGAGCAAUCAGAAAUAUCGUGAGUUUCAAGAAGAAUUUAAAGAUGUCGGCCUGAUCACUGGAGAUGUCACAAUUAAUCCGACUGCGGGUUGUCUUAUAAUGACAACAGAAAUUUUAAGAAAUAUGCUUUAUCGAGGGUCUGAAGUAAUGAGAGAAGUCUCAUGGGUAAUAUUCGAUGAAAUUCAUUACAUGAGAGAUAAGGAACGUGGUGUGGUAUGGGAAGAAACCUUGAUCCUUCUUCCUGAUAAUGUACAUUAUGUUUUCUUAUCUGCUACGAUACCUAACGCACGUCAGUUCGCCGAGUGGGUCGCACAUAUUCACAGUCAGCCAUGUCACGUCGUUUAUACAGAUUAUAGACCGACCCCAUUGCAACAUUUUGUUUUUCCAGUAGGUGGCGAUUGUACACAUCUUAUUGUCGAUGAAAAAAGUGUGUUUAAUGAAAGGAACUUUGAAUUAGCUUCAAAAAUUGUACAAGAUCCUGGUCAAGGAAAAAAAUUUGAAAAUAAGAAGCUCAAUCGAAGAUCAGAUGGUAAAGAAUCGAGCUGUUUAAAGCUUAUUAGAAUGAUUAUGGAAAAAAAUCUUGCUCCUGCUCUGAUAUUUUCUUUUAGUAAAAAAGAUUGUGAAAUAUAUGCUAUGCAAGUAGCUAAAUUGGACUUUAACACCACUGAGGAAAAACAGCUUGUUGAUGAAAUAUUUCAAAAUGCUAUGGAUGUUUUGUCAGAAGAGGAUAGAUGUCUUCCCCAAGUAGAAAAUGUCCUUCCUUUGCUGAGGAGAGGCAUAGGUAUACAUCAUGGAGGUUUGCUACCCAUCCUCAAGGAGACUAUUGAAGUUUUGUUUUCAGAAGGACUUAUCAAGGCUUUAUUUGCUACUGAAACUUUUGCGAUGGGCCUUAACAUGCCUGCCAAAUCUGUCAUUUUCACUAGUAUAAAGAAGUUUGAUGGAAGAAAUCAUAGACAUAUUACUUCAGGAGAAUAUAUUCAGAUGUCUGGGCGUGCUGGCAGGAGAGGAUUGGAUGACAAUGGAACUGUCAUUGUAAUGCUUGACGAACCUCUGUCUACUGAAGAAGGGAAGUCAUUGAUGCAGGGUAAAGCUGAUCCUCUCAAUUCGGCAUUUCACUUGUCUUAUAACAUGCUUCUCAAUCUGAUUAGGGUUGAUGAUAUCAAUCCUGAAUAUUUACUUGAACGAAGUUUUUUCCAGUUUCAAAAUCAUACCAAUUUACCUAUUCUGAGAAAACAGCAUGAUGAAAUCGACGAACAAAUAUCAAAUAUUGUUAUUGAAAAUGAAAAGGUUGUAGAAUCAUAUUUUAUUCUGAAAAAAGAGUUGAACGGUCUGUAUGCAGAGUACCAAACAUUUAUUCACAAACCACAGUAUCUUUUACCAUUUUUAAGACCUGGAAGGUUAGUAAAAGCUUGCGGAAGGGAUAGAGCAGAAUUUGGGUGGGGCAUGGUUUUGUCCCACCGAAGGGCCAACCAGAAAAAUAACAAUCCCAUGAAGGUUGAUAAAAAUAUUCUCAUAGAUGUACUUAUCUUGAUUGAUUCCAAAUCCACAGAAGAAAAUCCUAAACCGUGCUCCAAAAAUGAUGCCGGUAAAAUGGUUGUCAUUUCACUACCACAUCAAAGUAUAAUGGAUGUGAGUACUGUCUGUGUCGUUCUGCCAAAAGACUUGAGGUCAGCUGACAACCAAGCCUCAGCUCAAAUGGCAUACAGAGAAGUGGAGGAAAGGUUCAAAGGAGAUUUUCCGAUUUUAGAUCCAUUGAAGAAUAUGAACAUUGAAGAUACUAGAUUUACAUUUCUUGUCGACAAAAUUGCAGCUUUGAAGAAAAGGUUAGAAGUCCAUGUCGCUAAUAAAACUCCAGAUUUUGAAAAGGUACUUGAGACUUUUGAAAAAAAGGAAGAACUAAGGGAAUCACUCGAAAAUGUAGCUAAUGAAAUCGACAAGUCCAUGUCACUUUUACAAAUGGAAGAGCUGCGAUGUAGAAAACGUGUCUUGAGGAGACUAGAAUUCUGUACUGAAUCAGAUGUAAUAGAACUGAAGGGAAGAGUAGCCUGCGAAAUUAGUUGUGCAGACGAAUUGUUGUUGACAGAAAUGUUACUAAGUGGUACAUUCAACGAUUUGACACCACAACAAUCAGCAGCGCUUCUCUCAUGUUUCGUGUGCGAAGAAAAAAGUAAUACUCAUGCUAAAUUAUCUGAGGAAUUAGCCAAGCCUUUCAGGGAAGCUAAAGAGUUGGCAAGGAAGAUUAUCAAGGUAUCGAAAGAGGCGAAAAUGGACAUUAAUGAGGAUACUUAUUUAGAUCAGAUGAAACCGUUUUUGAUGGAUCCAGUUUAUUCUUGGUGUAACGGCGCCACAUUUCACGAAAUCUGUAAACAGACAGAAAUAUUCGAAGGGAGUAUUAUUCGUUGCAUGCGGCGUUUGGAAGAAUUGUUAAGGCAACUAAUGCAAGCUGCGAAAACAUUAGGUAACCAGGACCUGGAAGUGAAAUUCAGUAUGGCCAUAAAUAUGAUAAAAAGAGACAUUGUUUUCGCAGCAAGCCUUUAUCUAUAA